GUUAUUCCAGGCCGAGUGUGUGGGAGGAACGCAGGGGCUGGAAUAGGAGGGAAAGGAGGUGACUCCAGGAGAGAGCGAGAGAGGGAGCGCUCGCGUCGGGACUCAGUGGCACCAGACCUAAAAAGAAAUCUAGGCAAGGCUCCGGCACAGUCCACUUGGUGGAAAGAUAAGGAAUUGGAACAGAACCAACAGUCGUUUCUACAGCCUCUCAAUGGAUCCUGUCAGGCCGUUGUUCAGGGGGCCCACCCCAGUCCACCCAUCUCAGUGUGUGCGGAUGCCUGGCUGUUGGCCUCAAGCUCCUAGACCUUUGGAACCAGCUUGGGGUAGGGCAGGACCUGCAGGCAGAGGCCUUGUGUUUAGAAAACCAGAAGAAUCCAGCCCACCACUCCAGCCAGUACAAAAGGAUUCUGUAGGUUUGGUGUCCAUGUUCCGUGGCAUGGGUCUUGACACAGCGUUCCGGGCUCCUUCAAAACGAGAAGUGCCUCCUUUAGGUAGAGGAGUUCUAGGUCGAGGAUUGUCUGCUAACAUGGUCCGCAAGGACAGAGAAGAACCCCGUUCCUCUUUGCCUGAUCCUUCGGUGCUGGCAGCUGGGGACAGCAAACUGGCAGAGGCUUCUGUUGGUUGGAGUAGAAUGCUGGGAAGAGGUAGUUCUGAGGUCUCUCUGUUACCACUGGGAAGAGCAGCCAGUAGUAUAGGCAGAGGAAUGGACAAACCUCCCAGUGCCUUUGGCCUCACAGCUCAGGAUCCCCCACGGCUGCCACAGCCUCCAACUCUGUCUCCGACUUCACUGCACUCUGCCGAUCCCCCUCCAGUCCUGACUAUGGAACGAAAGGAAAAAGAGCUUUUGGUCAAGCAAGGAUCAAAAGGAACUCCUCAGUCUUUGGGACUGAACCUCAUCAAAAUCCAGUGUCAUAACGAAGCAGUUUAUCAGUACCAUGUGACUUUCAGCCCCAAUGUGGAAUGCAAAAGCAUGCGGUUUGGCAUGUUGAAGGACCACCAGUCUGUCACUGGAAACGUCACUGCUUUUGAUGGCUCUAUUCUUUAUCUUCCUGUUAAGCUUCAACAAGUUGUUGAGUUAAAAAGUCAGAGAAAAACUGACGAUGCUGAGAUCAGUAUCAAGAUUCAGCUGACGAAGAUCCUGGAGCCGUGUUCUGACCUGUGCAUCCCCUUCUACAAUGUUGUCUUCCGGCGGGUAAUGAAACUUCUGGAUAUGAAGCUUGUGGGGAGAAACUUCUAUGACCCUACAAGUGCCAUGGUACUGCAGCAACACAGAUUGCAGAUCUGGCCUGGCUACGCGGCUAGUAUCCGGAGGACAGAUGGGGGUCUCUUCCUGCUCGCUGAUGUCUCUCAUAAGGUCAUUCGGAACGACUCUGUGCUGGAUGUCAUGCAUGCUAUCUACCAGCAGAACAAGGAGCACUUCCAGGAUGAGUGCAGCAAGCUUCUGGUUGGCAGCAUUGUCAUCACGCGCUACAACAAUCGUACCUACCGAAUCGACGAUGUGGACUGGAACAAGACUCCUAAAGACAGCUUUGUCAUGUCGGACGGGAAGGAAAUCACAUUCCUGGAGUACUACAGCAAAAACUAUGGGAUCACAGUCAAGGAAGAUGACCAGCCACUGCUGAUCCACCGGCCCAGUGAGAGACAGAAUAACCAUGGCAUGUUGCUGAAGGGUGAGAUCCUGCUGCUGCCCGAGCUCUCCUUCAUGACGGGGAUCCCUGAGAAGAUGAAGAAGGACUUCAGGGCCAUGAAGGACUUGACUCAGCAGAUUAACCUGAGCCCCAAGCAGCACCACGGUGCUUUGGAAUGCCUGCUGCAGAGAAUUUCACAAAACGAGACAGCCAGCAAUGAGCUGACCCGCUGGGGGCUCAGUCUGCAUAAAGAUGUCCACAAGAUUGAAGGUCGGCUUCUGCCAAUGGAGAGGAUCAACUUAAGGAACACUUCAUUUGUCACAUCGGAGGACCUGAACUGGGUUAAGGAAGUGACCAGAGAUGCUUCCAUCCUAACUAUUCCUAUGCAUUUCUGGGCACUCUUUUAUCCAAAGAGAGCGAUGGACCAAGCCAGAGAACUGGUUAACAUGUUGGAAAAGAUUGCCGGGCCCAUUGGCAUGCGCAUAAGCCCCCCAGCCUGGGUUGAGCUGAAGGAUGACCGAAUAGAGACCUAUAUCAGGACCAUUCAGUCCUUACUGGGAGUUGAGGGGAAGAUACAAAUGGUCGUUUGCAUCAUCAUGGGCACACGUGAUGAUCUCUAUGGAGCCAUCAAGAAGCUGUGCUGCGUGCAGUCCCCAGUGCCCUCACAGGUCAUCAAUGUCCGAACCAUUGGUCAACCCACCAGGCUUCGGAGCGUGGCUCAGAAAAUUUUACUUCAGAUGAACUGUAAACUGGGUGGUGAGCUCUGGGGAGUGGAUAUUCCGCUGAAACAACUAAUGGUCAUUGGAAUGGACGUGUACCACGACCCCAGCAGAGGCAUGCGCUCUGUGGUCGGCUUCGUGGCCAGCAUAAAUCUCACACUCACCAAGUGGUACUCAAGGGUGGUGUUCCAGAUGCCCCAUCAGGAGAUUGUGGACAGCCUGAAGCUCUGCCUGGUGGGUUCCUUGAAAAAGUAUUAUGAGGUGAACCAUUGUCUCCCAGAGAAAAUUGUGGUGUACCGAGAUGGAGUGUCUGAUGGCCAGCUAAAGACAGUUGCCAACUACGAGAUCCCUCAGCUGCAGAAGUGCUUUGAAGCCUUUGAUAACUACCACCCCAAGAUGGUGGUGUUCGUAGUUCAGAAGAAAAUCAGCACCAAUCUGUACCUUGCAGCUCCUGAUCACUUCGUAACCCCGUCCCCCGGGACUGUGGUUGAUCACACCAUAACCAGCUGUGAGUGGGUGGAUUUCUACCUUCUUGCCCAUCAUGUGCGACAGGGCUGUGGCAUACCUACACACUACAUCUGUGUUCUGAACACUGCAAAUCUGAGCCCUGAUCACAUGCAGAGGUUGACUUUCAAACUAUGCCACAUGUACUGGAAUUGGCCUGGUACCAUCCGAGUUCCAGCUCCUUGCAAGUAUGCCCACAAGCUAGCUUUCCUGUCCGGACAGAUUUUGCAUCAUGAGCCAGCCAUCCAGCUGUGUGAGAACCUGUUCUUCCUGUAACUGGGAACUUGGACACCGGCUGCAAGGAGCAACUGGACUCAGCUCAACUCCUUCUUACAGAAUCAACAGAAAUGGCAGUGGAAGUUUAUGUUUGCAUUUUCUCUUUCUCCAUCCUUGUAGAAUUAGAUUUCUGUUCUUCUUUUAACCCUCAUAUCAUAGUAGGGUGUUGUGGUACAUGCCUUUUAUCCCAGCACUUGGGAGACUGAAGCAGAAGUAUCUUUAGUUCAAGGCCAGCCUAGACUACAUGGUGAGUUCUAGGCUAGCCAAGAUUACAGAGUGAGACCCUGUCUCAAAAAACAAAAGCAAACCACUGUCCCCUCAAAGCCUGGGGUCAAGGAAGCAAGUUUGUAGGUAGCCGCUGCCCGCUGCCUUCAUGGAAUGUGUGCUGUCAGCACUGCUCCUCAGCCGAGCAUGGGGCUGUGGACAGGGCAGUGAUGACAUGUUCUUAGCAUGUCAAAUCCCCCUACCAAAUAAGUCAAGCAAGGAAAAAAUAGCCCCCAAGGCAGCCUGAGCAUCAGUUCCUUAGAGGUUAUGCCUACAGAACCAUUCUAUUUCUGGUGGCAGAAGUGACAUGAAGUCAUUGCAGACAUCUUAAAGGAGAGUUACUGUGCAGCUGUCUGCAUGUGUGAAAAACAUGUAGAAAAAUCAGUGUAGGGUACAGUCGGGCGUGUGAGCCCACCUGACCCAGGGCUGUGAGUCUGACUUCCCGAGAGUCUGGCUGGAGCUGCUUUUCUGGUCCUUUUGGUUAUUUGCAGCCAUCAUCAGAUUGCUUUCCUGCAGCCCGACUGACACACGCAUGUGUGCGCACACACACUUUUGUUCUUUGUGACUAAUCUUGAAUAAAUUCAAUUAGAACACAUGGAAAGGAUUCAGCAGACUUAGGAACAUUCUGGGUGGAGUGUAGUCUUUUCUGCAAAAGUCUGUAAAUGAGAUGAUUACGCAAGAGUCUCUUCCAGCUGUGGGCUGGUGUUGCUUGGAAAUUUUCAAAAUCCCCAAGUUUCAGGCUUCCCAAAGUUGGCUUGGGAAAAUGUGAUAGUCUCACCUGAGUCUAGACAUGUAGGAAGUUUUCCUAGGGCCUCUGGGCUUCAGUAUUUGGGGGAAGCACUGGUUUUCUGUGUUAUUUCUUUCCUUCUGUUUCAGAAUCUUCAAGUUUCUUCAGGCUUAAGUGGGCCAUCCCUUGCUUUACUGGGCUUUAAAAGCUAAUUUUACUUAACCUUUUCAAAUGUGUAUGUAUCUAUGUUUUGGUGUGGUGGAUGGAUGGCAGGGGACUGAGUAAAAAUAGUCAUUUUAAAUAACAGUGUGCUAGGAGAGCCUCAGUGUGAAGUCCUGAGGAGCAGCGGGGGCUGUGGGAGUCAGUGUCAGCCCUCACUCAGACAGGCCAGGCCUGGGCUCGAAGACAACAUUGUCCAGGGAAGCCUUUAGUUUGCUGUACCACCCAGAGGUUGGGGAGGGAUCAGGGUUAGGGUCCUCAAACUCACUCCUGGCUUUUGGAGUCUAUGACCAAGGCCAGGCCGAGUCCUGAAAUGUAAAAGCCAUAGAAUUAAACAGAACAGACUGAAAAAACGAGUCUUUAAGUUCCACUUUGUGGAUUUCUCUGGAAGUCUUUUGAAUUUGUCUUUAGAAGUUGCUGUUCCUAGCACUCCUUUUCUCUUUAGGUAGAACAGAUACUCGACCAUAAUGCCAGAAUGUACUUUCUCUGCCUUGUUUUUCUAUGCCUUGUUGUUCAGUUUCAGGGCCAAACAAUUGGGCCCUGUGGUGUAAAAUAAAAACAAUGUAUGUGUAUA